AUGAAAUGCUCGAUGCUUUCAUUGAAAGCCGUUACAUUAGGACUCUGUUCCUUUGUCGCGGCCCAAAUUUCCACCUUCUCGCCCAGAGGACAGAGUGAGAUCUUCUAUAGUAUCACAGUUCCUGAGACCACUGUGUCCUCGGGCUCUGGGCCAAUCUUUUUUCAAAUUCAAGCUCCCACAACCCUAAGAUGGGUAGCUCUUGGUCAGGGGACAGAAAUGACGGGUGCAAGCAUUUUUGUUCUCUAUUCAUCGUCGUCCAAUGUGACGAUAUCUCCCCGCUUAGGGACGGGGCAUGUCCAGCCCAGACACAAUCCUGACGCCGAGGUUUCCCUCCUUGAAGGCAGUGGCGUUCAAUCUGGCAUAAUGACCGCGAACGUGCGGUGUGAUACGUGCAAUUAUUCAGCCAACUCUCCUUGGAUCUUUGCAUAUAAACAAGGUGCCUCCCUCAAUUCAGACAGCCCCGAAGCCGACAUUAGCAUUCACGAUGACUUUGGCACAACCAGUAUUGCCUUGUCAAAGGCCGUUACGACGUCAGAUAACCCCUUCCUCGAGUACGACCCAAGGGACCCCAGCAAUCAGCCUAGUGAAAUUGGAGGACAGGCGGAAGGCGGCGCAGGUAUACUGAUUGCUCACGGUGUCAUCAUGAGCAUUUCGUUUGUCAUUCUGUUCCCAUCUUUUGGACUGCUUCUUGCUCUUCCUCUGCGUGGCGUUGUCCCCAAGGUGCAUGCGCCACUUCAGGUCUUCACCCUUUUGUUGGUUAUUGCAGGAAUGGGGUUGGGUCUCAAAAUGGGAACAGACGGUGAUAUUCUAGAUAACGCCCACCCAAUUCUUGGCCUCAUUGUCAUUGGUCUUCUCAUUUUGUUCCAGCCAGCCAUGGGCCUGUUACAGCACCUGCAUUUUCGGCGCACGGGAGGAAAGAGUAUCUUUGCCAUUCUCCAUCGAUGGCUAGGUCGUUUUGCGAUCAUCCUAGGAGUCGUUACCGGAGGCCUUGGUUUCCGCUUGGCAGGCAUCGACCGUAAUCCCAAGACGCCCAAGAGUGCUGUGAUUGCUUAUGCUGUGAUUGCCGGCGUAAUGGGCUUGUUGUACAUGGCUGUUCAAGUGUUGAGGGCUGUUAGGAAACACGCAGAACAAAACAGGGAUCCGCAUAGGCGCAAGAAGUCCGAUGGUACGGCAGAGUCUGGAGUCAAUGGUCAGAAUGCAAGGUGA